AUGGUCCCGGUCGUGUUGUCGAAUGAGGUCUGUAGAAGGAGGAUUGCUAGAGAUGUUGGGACAUUACUAGGGUUGUUAUCACGGCAUGUGGAUGAUCGAAUUGGAGGUGGAAGCAUUGGAUGUGCUGAUAAGAGUUGUGGGAAUGUGUUGGCUUGGUUUAGAGCAUAUGAAGUGGUUAUGCGGAUCUGGUUGUUGGCCGCACUGGCUUAUGAGGAGGCUUGUAUGGUUAUGAGGUGUGGUGAGCUACUAUCUUAUGGUUGUGGUGUAAGAGGGCCGUUGGCGUAUGGAGGGGUUGGUGGUGUCCGGGCCGGCCAAUAG